AUGGCCUGCUGCCUGUCCGAGGAGGCGCGCGAGCAGAAGCGCAUCAACCAGGAGAUUGAGAAGCAGCUCCAGAGGGACAAGCGCAAUGCGCGACGCGAGCUCAAACUCUUGCUGCUUGGCACGGGAGAGUCCGGGAAGUCGACGUUCAUCAAGCAGAUGAGGAUUAUCCACGGCCAGGGCUAUUCAGAAGAGGACAAGCGGCAACAUAUUCGGCUCGUCUACCAGAACGUCUUCAUGGCAAUGCAGGCGAUGAUACGAGCGAUGGACACGUUAGGGAUACCGUACGGCGACACGUCCGUCGAGUUGCAAGACAAGGCGAACGUCGUCCGGGCCGUCGACUAUGAAAAUGUGACGUCGUUCGAGGAGCCCUACGUAGCCUAUAUCAAGGAUCUGUGGGAAGACUCGGGAAUCCAAGAAUGCUACGACCGGAGAAGAGAGUACCAGCUCACCGACUCUGCCAAAUAUUAUCUCUCGGACCUGGACCGGUUAGCUGUGCCCGACUACCUGCCGACAGAACAGGACAUUUUGCGCGUCCGUGUCCCGACGACUGGUAUCAUCGAAUAUCCCUUUGAUCUGGAACAGAUUAUAUUCCGAAUGGUUGACGUGGGAGGGCAGCGAUCCGAGCGGAGAAAAUGGAUACACUGCUUUGAGAACGUCACCUCCAUCAUGUUCCUUGUCGCCCUAUCCGAGUACGACCAGGUGCUCGUCGAGUGCGACAACGAGAACCGAAUGGAGGAAUCGAAGGCGUUGUUUCGGACGAUCAUCACCUAUCCAUGGUUCACCAACUCGUCGGUCAUCCUCUUCCUCAACAAAAAGGAUUUGCUCGAGGAGAAGAUACUAUAUUCCCACUUAGCCGACUACUUUCCUGAAUAUGACGGGCCUCCUCGGGACCCCAUUGCUGCACGAGAGUUCAUUUUGAAAAUGUUCGUUGACUUGAAUCCGGAUGCCGACAAAAUCAUCUACUCUCACUUCACUUGUGCCACAGACACGGAAAACAUCCGGUUCGUGUUCGCGGCCGUCAAAGACACGAUCCUGCAGCAUAAUCUCAAGGAGUACAACUUGGUC